CUCCCCAAAGGUCAGCAGUCUCUUAGUCAUCUCCUGUACUGUCCGCAGUCUCUGGUCAUCCCCUGUACUGUCCGCAGUUUCUGGUCAUCCCCUGUACUGUCCGCAGUCUCUGGUCAUCCCUGUUACUAUGUCCGCAGUCUCUGGUCAUCCCCUGUACUGUGUCCGCAGUCUCUGGUCAUCCCCUGUACUGUGUCCGCAGUCUCUGGUCAUCCCCUGUACUGUGUCCGCAGUCUCUGGUCAUCCCCUGUACUGUGUCCGCAGUCUCUGGUCAUCCCCGCAGUCUGUACUGUACUGUGUCCGCAGUCUCUGGUCAUCCCCUGUACUGUGUCCGCAGUCUCUGGUCAUCCCCUGUACUGUGUCCGCAGUCUCUGGUCAUCCCCUGUACUGUGUCCGCAGUCUCUGGUCAUCCCCUGUACUGUGUCCGCAGUCCAUUGUCAUCUCCUGCACUGUGUCCACAGUCUCCGGUCGUCUCCUGCACUGUGCCCGCAGUCUCCCGGUCGUCUCCUGCACUGUGCCCGCAGUCUCCGGUCGUCUCCUGCACUGUGCCCGCAGUCUCCGGUCGUCUCCUGCACUGUGCCCGCAGUCUCCGGUCGUCUCCUG